AGUGUAAUAUUGUAAACUCAUGUUGAGAAUUUUCUAUUUGUAUUAUAAUACAUGUUCUUAUGCUCCGUAUCAACUCAAAAUUGAGCUGAUUUGAUUUUUAUUAACUUUUUAUACAGCAGUACUAUUGUAGUUCUUUGUCAAUUAAUGAAGUAUGCUGUUUAGUUCACUUAGCAUGCUUUGUAGGAAACUCUGCUCAUGCUUGUAGCAAUUACGAUACCAGAUGAGUACAUUGGUUGAUCUAUAUCACAUGAUCACAAUAGACAGAAUUUUGAAGCACUCAUUGAGUUUACAAUGAAUUAUUUACAAUCAUGUCUGGAUUGAAUAUUAGAUGACUUUUAAUUUAUAUGUUUACAGAAGAUUAUAAACACUUUCAAUUAAAAUUACUUAAAAUAACAUUUGCAGUGCUAGCUAUGCAUACUGGAUGAUUGAAGAAUUAUUUCACUGAUGCUCAAAUAAAAUUAUUUCCCUAAUGUCCAAAUAAAUAUCAACUGUGGUGAUGUCAAAUAGCAUGACCUCUCUACUCUACAUCUAGCAGGUUGCUGACCACAUCAAAGGUACAGACCAAUAUUUAAUGCACUUUGUUUAAGGAAAUGCUCUUAAAUCUACUAAAAGAAAAAAAUGAAACUGCUGGCUAUGUUGUGUUUUUCUUGUCUCUAUUGUUAGUUGUAUAAAAUUGCAUGAUAUAAUAUUCUCAUUCAUUUUCAACUUUAGGUAUCAAUGCUGCUCAAGGACUGGAGCAAGAGUGUACUAGAUUCAUGAGUCAAUCACUGGUUGGAUACAGAGCAAAGAAUCUAAAAAGUAGUGCAAUUGGAAGUCCCUUAACUGAGGCAGUCAGAGUCUUGCAAGAGUACCAGUUCAAUUGUUCAUCUGCUAUAACCAGUCUUAUAUUGGGGAUUGAUGUAAGAGCAGGUCAUAGACUUUUUCCAAGUGUUCAGGUCUUUCGAAAAAUUGGUGGCAGCAGUCAAUAUGACCUAGUGAUUGGGAGCGAGAGAGUUAUCUAUUAUGGGACUAAUAAUGUCAGUACCAGUGGAGUGUCUCAAUCCUCCUAUACCAGUAAUGAGUGGAGACCUGCUAGCUGUAUCACAACCAUCUCCAGCCUUUAGUAUAGUUAGAGUGCAUUACAUUGAUAAUGUUCAAAGAGUCAGAUUCAGUAGCAGCCAACAUGCAUUUGGCACUAGAAGUGGUGUCAACUUAAACAACUCUUUAAUCACCAAUCAGUUGAUCUUAGUAUAUCCAGUAACAGAUAACUACUGUGUUAACAGCAUCAAUUCAAUCACUCCUUCAAUUGUUAGAGAAUAUGGUUUUAAAGUUCACCAAUCACAAAUGUUUUCCAGUAGACGGCAGUAUUUAUAUCCUGACAUGCUCUUCUCUUGCAAUGGAUCAGUUACUAAAUGGAUUUUUGGAGCUGUGGAUCAGAAAAACAAUCAGGAUGUUUUGGUGGAAUUCCAGAUAUGGCAUAAACAAGGGCAUGGGUCAAAUAUUUACAGUAAAGUUUCAUCUAGCUCAAUGUCCUUGAAUAACAUUACAAUGAUUGGUACUAAUCUUUACCAGUAUACUCCUCAGACUCCACUGCAGUUCAGAAAAGGAGACGUAUUUGGUGCAUAUAUUCCUGACACAAGUUUAAGUCCAUUUGUGUUUUACGAACAAAGACAGAGCGGACCAACUAAUGUGUUUGUAUAUUCUGAUAAUGCACUAUCAGCUAUAGCAGAAGGAUCACUGGACUUUAACGCUAAUAAUUUUCCACUAGUUGCAGCAGAAAUCAGGGUUUCCACUAAUGCAAUUAGCAACAGUAUUAUUAGCUCUACAACCAUAAACAGCAUGCACCCUGUUCUCAGAACCACUUCUAUAUCUACUGCCAUUGUAGCCUCUUCCAAAGCUAGCGCUACACCUGUAAUAUCAGUAACACCUAUCAGUAAAUCAUCAGCUACAACUAUUGGUGAAUCAUCAGUAACAACUAGUUAUAAAUCUAAUGUAACUGUUUUUGUUACAACAACAGCUACACCACUCUCUCCUACAUCUCAAUCAACAGUGUCAGCUUUAAUUAUUGGAAUGAUAGCAGUCAUAGUAUGCACUGUGUUCAUCGUAAUAUCAUUAAUAAUAGUGACGUGCAUUUGUUUGAAGAGGAAAUUACCAGCUAAUAUUAGAUCAUCUGCAAUAGUUUCCCCCAUUCCUAACACUACUAAAUAUGGUAACUCAGAUAACAACAGCUCAUUUCCUAAAGAAAAUAAUGAUAUCAUUAAGAAUGGUGAUUCUAGCAUCAUUGCCAUAAAUGACCCAGUGUAUGAAUCUAUGAUAUAUAAUAUGGCAUAUGAACCUAAUAUUAUUACCACAAAAAAUGCAGCAUACCAAUGCAGUGUUCCACAGAUAUCUAAUAUAAAAGAAGUCAAUGAUGAAGAUAUAUAAUUAUUCUUAAAAUACAUCAUUCUUAAACUCAUACUAACUUUGCCUGAUAAUUAUGUUUUUCUUAUUCCUUUUAUUCUUUUUAUCCUUGAUUGUUUUAAUUAUGAUAUUAAACUAAAAGCAUUACAGUUUACACUA